GACCCUGUUCAUCGCAACGGGGGAGCUGCCCCAAGACGAGGAGAGGGCCAAACUUGCCAAACUCAGGGCCCCAAGCUACACCAUAGAAGAUGGCAAACUCUACAAACGGUCCUAUAAUGGCACCCUCCUCCGAUGCCUGCACCAGGACGAGGCCGACACCGCCAUGGAAGAAGUUCAUUGUGGCGUCUGCUCCUCACACCAGGGCCCUUUCAGCAUGUCCCGGCGUCUCGUCGUCCAGGGCUUCUUCUGGCCGACGAUGGCACGGGACUGCGCUGACCUGGCCAGAAAGUGCACCACAUGCCAGGUACUCCAGAAGGCCCCUCCCUGGUCGGCCAGCUGUCAACUAUGCCCCUGUCAGCACCGCGAUUCCAUUCUCCAGAUGGGGGAUUGACCUGGUCGGCCCCCUGCCCAGAGCCGCCGGGAAUAACCGCUACAUCAUCGUCGCCGUCGACUACUUCACCAAGUGGGUCGAGGCGGAGCCUUUGGCCAGCAUCACGGGGGCCAUAUGCCAAAAAUUCGUUUACAAGAACAUCAUCACACGCUUUGGCGUCCCCCAGGAGAUUAUAUCAGACAACGGCACCCAAUUCGAGGCAGCCCCUUUCUAAGAGCUCCUCCGGGAGUUUGAGGUAAAGCAUCGUUUCUCCUCCGUUGCCUACCCUCAGGGCAAUGGGCAGGUCGAGAACGCCAACAGAACAAUCAUGGAGGGGCUGAAGAAGAAACUCCAGGCCGCAGGAGGUAGUUGGGUCGAUGAGCUCCCCAACAUCCUGUGGUGCUACAGAACCACGCCGAGGAGGGCGACAGGUGAAACGCCUUUCGCCCUAUGCUACGGCUUCGAGGCAAAGGCGCCCACGGAAGUGGCCAUCCCCAGCCGACGGGUGGAACAAUACGAGCCUGACGCCAAUGAGGAAAGCAUGAAGAUUGACCUGCACCUGGUCGAUGAGAGGCGUGAGCAAGCUUACGUCCGAGCAGAGAACUACCGGCGUCAAGUAAAAUCGUACUAUGACGCCAAGGUACGUUCCCGGGAAUUUCAGGUGGGGAACUACGUCCUCCGCCGAAGGGAAGCAAGCCAGCCGACAGAGGGUGGCAAGCUAGCCUUGAAGUACGAAGGGCCCUACAUCGUCAGUGCCGUGGUCAAACCCGGCACCUACAAGCUUAAACGCCCGAAUGGGUCCAAUGUACCACGAACAUGGAAUGUACACCAUCUGGUGAAGUUUUAUCAGUAAUCCGAAGGAGGUGUAGACGGCGAAGCCCUCACCCCUUAACGGGUUACUGAUUGAACGCCACCCUCGGCCUCGAGCCACUUAUGAAUAAAAUCAUGUUCCGAUUUUUUCUCUGGAAAUUCAAAGUAAAACAUUUAGCAGGUGCCCUCGUCGGCCACCUUAGAGCGAAAGGCUCAGGUCUGGCCGACAUGGCCCCUUACAUUCGCAGCCUACAAGCGACAAGCUCAGGCACUCCAUUGUAUUUUGUAUCAGCGAAGGGCUCAGGCCUAGCUGAGAGAGCACAUCGCCCUGGCCCCGUAAGCCUAGAAGUGAAACACUCAGGUAUGGCCGACGAUGUCCCCAGGACGAGGGGCCCGCAAACGGCCCACGUCUUGAAACGGGAAGCUCACCGCGUCGUCCACGCGCCAGAAUGCAGGACGACAGGCCUGAAAUCAUGGCUGAGGUGACAAAAUCCCAAAACUCAGGGAUGGGCAACGACAGCCGUUGGAAACCGACCAAAAGUCUAGCCCGCGUCAUAAAUAGGCGACGGGACCCGCCCUGAGACCACGGACGUUAUAAACGAAGUCCGAACCGGCCGAAGGACGAGCACACCCUUCGGCCGAAGCCUGAAAGAAGGAUACCCCCCGAAACGAAAAAACAAAUACAAGGGAAAAAGAGGGAAGCCGACGGCCGCGCACACUUGCCGGCCUCGAGCAAUGAAAAAACAAAAUCCCCACAACUCAGGCCCAACUAGGCCAAGUACAUAUCAGUAGAACACAAGUGUAGUACCACUGACAGGUAACAUGGACGACACGUCCACACACUACAAGGGAAUAAUCAAGGCUGAAACACACGCCUACAAAACCCUAACCGCAUCGGUUGGGUGACACGCGAGAGGUGACCUUCAUCGGCCAUAGUCCUUUGAGGCACCAACGCCUGGUAUGAAACAAGGCAUCGCAAUCCUGAGGAUGACCAAGACGAAGCGGGCACUUAUCACACCCGCGAAAGGAUCAAGCAAUCAAGAAACAACCUCUACUUGCCACAGCUCCUCGGAUGGCCGACACGGACACUGGAACCAAGGCCGUUGGUCGAGCGAAAACAGGACCAUCUCCUUGGACAAGCCAUUCCUUAUCCAGCACCCUCAUCGGCCACAAGCCACACCUUGGCCGGCAGCGGCACCGCAAAGAAGUAAAUGCCUAACAUUUAUACUUAGGAAAUUAUCUAAGUACUCAAAUGAAGGAACUCUAGCCGAAGUGGGUACCAGUAUACUACAAAGCCGUUAGCUACCUACACCUCUGCAUGUGUACUUAGGAAAAAUUCAAAGUCCACAAGACUAUGGUGAAGGUGCCCUUAUCGGCCACAACACAGGGAUGCAGGACGACAAGGCCACCAGGCCGGAAGGAAAGCACCUAAGUGGAUCCCAAGACACUUAGAAAAUUUUUGGAAAAAUUCCUAAGUGUUAUGAAACUACGUCCAGGCCGAUCAAGCCACUACGCCGUAAAGACAGCAGCUACAUGGACCCAAAAACACUUGGGGAAUUUUUGAAAAAACAAUCCCAAGUAUUAUGAUAGUAAAGCAAAGAUGAAUAGGCCGACCAGACUACCGGACGGGAAGGCCAACCUCACGGACGUAGCGGACACUCGCGGGUGACCCAAAUUAUGACUUGACACUUAGACAAUUUACAAAAGCGAAAUGACAAAAAGCAAACAAGCAUACAAGGGAUUCAAAGCCGAAAAGGAUAGCAAAAAUUUCUUCAAUUGACAGUGAGUUCAUUACAAUUGAGGGCACUUCGGCCGUUACAUCAUUUGGCAAAAAAUUGAAAAGCUAAUUACAACAGGGAAUAGCCGAUCAAGCCUCCGGGGCACCUUCAUCCGCGACUGACUCUUCUACCUCAUCAGCUCCCUCAUCGGCCUCAGCUUCUUGGCCGGCAGCGGCUGCGGCGCUGGUGGCAUCGUCCAGGAAGUCGAAUUCGGUGUAAUCCGGCUCGCCGAGGCCGGAGCUUUCUAUGGGGGACUCUCGCUCCGACAGCGGAAGCUUGGCCUGCUCUUCUGGAACCUUCAUCAGCUUCGGCAGCUUCAGGUUCCGUCUAGCCCACCCAGACGUGUAAUUCAUGGCCUUCAACGCCCGGGACAGCCGCCGACACAGGAGCCUUUGCAUCCGCUCCUGGCCCAGGUUAUAGUACACAGACAUCUCCCGGGUGAAAUACUCCUGGCCGGCGGGGGAGUUCAUCCCCCAACUCUCAAGCCUGGCGGCCACCACCUCGUAGCACCAGGGGAGCCUCUCAUCGGCCUUCCACCCCUCGUCCAGGAACUUCUCGAUGGCCUCAUCGGCAGCCUUCACGACGGCGGCCUCGGCCUCAGCCUUCGCCUUGGCGGCCUCCUCGCUCCUGCGCCUCUCGGCCUCAAGCGCCCUGUGGGACUCCUCGAGCUCCCUUUUGCUCUCCUCGAGCUUGGCCAGGGCAUCGUCCCUGGCUGCGGCGGCUUCAUCAGCCCUUGCCUGCAAUGCCUUGGCAUCCUCCCGGAGCCGAUCAAGGCAAGCUACCGCCUCGUCUGCCGAGGCAGCCUUCUGCUCCAGCUCUUUCAAGCGAGCUAUCUCCCAAUACUGCCUCUUAUGGCUUUCCAUAAGCAUAAAGGCACUCUGCAGAAGGAAAACAAAUGUCAGGCAAAAGACUCUACACAGACAAAGAGAGAAACAAAAAUAUAAGGACAGUAACUUACUUGGACGAGGAGGUCCAUGCCACCCUCGUAAAUCUUCGGGUCCUCGAGCUUCUUCAAGUGAGCCCGAUCUUUGGCCGGCAUGGCCUUGGCCAGGACGACGUGGCCAGGGACGAGAUCAUUAAACACGCCCCCGCCGACGGGGUAUUCUACCACCUUCUGGUAGGUGGCACCGGCAAUCUCCUUGCCGGCCCUCUGCGUCCGUGGUUCCUGGACGAGAGGAAGCGAUGGGGCAGCAUCGUCAGCAACAGUAAGGUCCACGACGGGACCACCAUCGCCCACGCUGGGGACAGUAAGAGUACCGGCCUCACUAGCCGGAGAAGGGGAAGGAGCCCUCUUCGUCUUCUUAGAGACGCUCACGCCGGCCUCAGUCAACUUUUUCUGGCCGUCAGUGGCCGGCCUUUUCUUCUUCGAUGGAGCAGGCUUUGGGGCCGCAUCAGCAGUAGCCCCGCUCCCACCGGCCGCGGCACGUCUGGCCGCCUCGGCCGCCUUAGCAGCAAUCUCCUCAGCCGCUUUGGCCUUGGCAAUAGCCAUCAUGGAACGACGGUCCAUGACAAAAUCUACAAAGGAAAAACAAACAGAUUAGUAAGGCAAAGGAGAAAACAUAAAGACAGAAAGCCGAAGAAAGAAUUACCAUCGGCCUCAGCAGGAAUGCCCAAGUCCGGGCCGUCGGCCUCCUCAAAGGUGGUGGUCAUCCUCGGCCAGAGUUGGAGGUCAUCCUCCUUGUCACCAUAGACAUAGUACCUCACGAAGCCGAGGGCGGCCAUCUUAUAUUCCGUGAUGUAGUCCUUCACGCUCCUCGGCCCCCCUUCCAAGAAAGCCUCCACCUGAGCGUCCAAAAUAGAGCUCUUCGGCGGGUCGUGCAGGUUAAACCUCCCGGUGUGGCCGAGGGAGGGAAACUCGGUGCCACUCUCACCAAUGGACACAAACACGAACUUGCUCUUCCACCCAUGAAUGGACGUAGGCAAAUCCGUGAAGCUCCUCUUCUUCGGCAGCUGCUGAAGAGUAGCGUAGGCCGCACAGUUCUUGUGGCUUCCUCUGCCGAUCUGGUACAGAUUCAUGAAUAGUGCCGUUGUCGGCUUGUAGCCCAACUCCUCACACCGGAGCAAGAACCCUACCAUCAAGGAGUAGCUGUUCGGCGUCAGCAAGGCCGGAGGAAGCCCGACCAUGUCCAGGUACUCAGUAAUGAAAGGGUGAAGGGGGAAUCUCAACCCCUUAGCGAAGCUCAUCGGGUAUACUCCAAAGUAUCCCGGUGGUGGCAGAAGAACAUGGUCCGUCGGCUUGGGUGCCCUAACCCGCCCGAACGGCCCCACGUACAUCUGGGCAACAAGAUAGUCGGCCGCACUGCUCUCCGGCUUGAUCAGGUAGAUGUUGGUGAGAUCUAGAUAGGAGAUGCCGGGCCCACUCUUCGGCCUCCUCACUCUCUUCGGCUUGGCGGCUCCCUUAACGGAAGACACCGGCCUCGGGCACGGAAUGACAGCAGAAGUGGACGCCCCGUCCACCACUCGGGACGCACCUACGUCCUCACCCUUUGAAGAGGAGGCGGACUCCUCGUCCUCGCCUUCCUCGUCCACUGGCUCUCCGGAUUUGUAUGGACUUAAGCGCUCUAUCUCCUCCUCAAACUCCUCGAGCACCUCGUAGUCAAGCGACCUCGUGGAGGGCUGGUCGUCAUAGGGGUAGUAGUCGUCAUUCAAGCUCUUCAUAACUACUACUACGAGCCUAAGGAGACUAACUUAAGAUCUAAAUGGUGUUCAAACGCCUAACACUAGAUCAACAACCUAGGAAGCAAAGUAUGAAAAGUGAGGAAGAUCACGAUGAACACUAACCUUGAACAACGAAGAACACGAAGAACAGGCUGGGAGUUUAUCUCUCUAGAAAAUCGGCCAGCACUUCGACAAAUUCAGAAUGCAAAUACGUUUCCUCGUCGGAGGGGGAGGGGUAUUUAUAGAACCCCUCACCCAACGGUCACUACACGUGGUACCCCCCAAUGGCCACACCAACGACCACCAAUGGGGGACCACCACGUCACCAACGGGCCAAACUCUAUCAACAGCCCACUGGCAAGACGGACUCUACGGCCUACACACGCUCACCGGCUUUACAAAGGCCAACAAGCGCCCACAACGUCCCACUUGCCCGCCAAAACCACAAAUGCCAAACAAUAAGAAGAUGGCAACGGCCAGGAACGUAACGGCCACAGAACAAAGGGAACAAAGAGCCCACAGCCUUCGGCUCCUCGUAAUAACCCUUGAUGAUAACUCUCUACAAGCGAUCUGCGCACAAGGGUUCUCCCACAGGGUUACCUUGGCCAGAAAAUCGCCAUGAGAGUUGGAUUCAGGGGGACUACGGAGAUGCCGCUUCAGCCAGGGACUCAAGCAACUCCUUCACCCCUCGCACUCCUCGGCCUGAAGCAGUGGGGGACUGGGGGACUACACCGGCCUCAGCAAAGCACAAAGGAAACACUACAAAGAACAUGAACGUGACCACAAAGCAUGGCCACAUCAUCCAUUCAGCACAACGGAACUUCAUCGGCCAAAGGCCCAUAACGUCAUUAGCAACGGCCAACAAGCCACUAGAGGCAAGGACACUCAUCGUCCUCUGCCAAUAAUCAAUCUUGACGGGCCCUUCGGCCAAGAACAAGAAGGCCAACCAGCGACGGCCAAAAGGAGUGCGCGAGCGCCCUCAUCGGCCACCCAAAGGAAAGGACGCCAUCAUCCUCAAAGCAAGGAACAACCUCAACGGCCUCACCAGCCCAAACAUAAACUUCAACCACCAACGUCUAGAAAGGGAAAGCGCGCCUUCAACGGCCGACAUUGAAACAAGACAGUCAUCAUCCUCAAAUACAUUAGGGAAACAACGGCCUCCCCGCCCACAGUGAGGAACAGGUAACGGCCAAAGCACAGAACAGGAUCACCAAAGAGGAAACAAAGCACAGGAAUCUACUCUCCUUCGCUUCGUCUACGUCUCAGCUUAGAGAGUGGGGGACUCCUGAUGGAGUAUAUGGGUCUGAGCCCCAGGACCCACAUACUCGGAAGAACAGAAAGCACAAGACAACAGAGUGGCGCCCUCGUCGGCCAAGACGCCCCCGUCGGCCGAAAAGGGGCCAACUCAGAUUACGGUCCUGAGCCCAAGGAACUCGGGUGCCCUCGUCGGCCGCUCCCUCGUCGGCCGUGCCCUCGUCGGCCACGCCCUCGUCGGCCACGAAGACCUCCCAGAAUCGGAUUCUAUACUUACUCAUUUGUACAGCCCAUUAGAGGCUUUGUAUUCGGCCCAGUAGCGGUCCAGUUGUAAAUGGGCCUCCCAAGCCCAAGGCUUGGGAGCCCAACCCUAAUUUUCUCUAUAAAUACUCCCCUUGGGAGUAGUUAUAGGGGUUACAAAAUCAUUCUAUUGAAGCAUAUUAUUGCACUUCUCUCUCUAGCUCUCACUUCUCUCUAGAUAUACUCUAUCAGUUUGUAUAUCUUAUAUUCUGUUGUUUUAGAAGCAAUAUUCCUAUUGCUCUUCCAGUUUAAAGCUACAAUGUUGGGAUUAAUUGUUAUGGAAGUGUUUGGGAGAAAAUGUAAGACAAAACACAGUUUUGAAUGCUCAUGUAGAUUAAAACAAUGAUAAGGUUCUAAAUAUGCAUUUUCUGGGUUCUGGACCAUGUGUUCACUACGUACCUGACUGGAAUUUGCUCUUUCCACUCAUAAUUUAAAAUUGCAGGGUUCCAAAAUCCAUGCACAAAUUCCUGACCAGUACAUUAACAGGUUCAACGGUGUGUUUAAGGAAGGCCGUGUUUUGCGGUUAAGAAUUUUAUGGUCGAGGAAAACUACAUGUUUUUUAAAAUUACGACCAGUGCUUAUCGUUUACGUUUCUUUGGCAAGAGCGCGGCCUUUGAGAUUAAGGAUGUUCCCUUUCCGUUGACGACUUUCUCGCUUGUGUCGUUUGCAUCGCUGCAAGCUAUGGACACCAUCGAUGAGAAAUACGGAAUCGGUGCGCAUACUAUUUUUAUUUUGAUCUUAGAACACAUUUUGUGUAGAUUGCCGUCUAAUUUCAUGUUUGUCUAAAAGAUAUACUAGGCCAAGUGAUACAUGACAAGGACUCUAGGAUGAUUCUAAAAAAUGAAAGGCCGAGAAAGCUGAUGGAACUAAUUUUGGGUGAUACGGAGUAAGUUAACAUCUUGAUAUAUGAAUUUGAACUGAAUGCAUUAUUAGGGCAAAUGUCAUUGCAUGCACCCUUUGGGGACCGAUGGUAGAGAUGCUGUUGACGUACAAGCUAACAACAUCGGAUCCAAUCGUUAUGCUGCUCCAAUGUUGCCGGGCCAGGAAGUACCAAGGCCACGUCCAUGUCUCUAACAUGUUCAACACCACCAAGGUCAUUUUGAAUGGUACGGUGGAUGAAUUCAUGGAUUUCAGGUCUAGGAUGAAUGAGAGGAUAGUUCAAGGAUUGAGUUUCACUAUACAAUCAAACAACUCCAACGAUGGAGACGUUGCAAGUGGCCAACACGAGUUGUUGACGAUUGAUGAUCUUAGCAAACUACAAGAGGUUUGAUUUGGAUUUGAAUAUGAAAUUGAAUCAACGACUCUAAGGAUUGAUGACCUAUAAAACCUAGCGUUCCGAUUUGUUUCUUUGACAAACAGGAUGGGAAGCGCUGGGUUUACGGGGAAAUCGUCGCCAUCGACAGCUAUAAGGAUUGGUCUUACGUGUCUUGCACCGGUUGUAACAGGAAGGUUACAACAAACGGUGAUAGCUUCUGGUGUGCAUCUUGCAGUACUAAUGAUGCGGUUCUCAGGUACAAAGUAAAUGUGAGGGUUGUUGAUGGCACAAACCAUGCGUCUUUCUUGCUUUGGGAUAGGGAAGUCGUCUCCUGUUUGUUGGGCAAGUCCGCUGCUUUGCUCAAGGACCAAAUAACUAGGGAGCAGGACGAGUUCAGCAGGUUGGCUUCACAGCAUUCAUGGUCUGAAACGGUACUGGAUUUGGUAACCUAAGUUGCAAGUUAAUCAAAUUACCAUUCAGAUUGUUAAGAUGGUCAUUCGAGUUUCAGGCUGGAUCUUCACGGGCUACAAUGUCUAGCCCACUUAUGACAAAGGAGAAGAGGCAGGUUUUAGAGGUCGACGCUGAGAGGGUGAAGCGUGACCUAUUUGAAGAUUUUUUAGCGUCAACCUCAUCGAAGAAGCUCAAGGAAGUAAAGAUUGAAAAGGAGUGAAGAUAUUAAAUCGAGCGGUUUCGUUGUUUAAGUCUGAUUGUUAUAAAUGUUGUCAACGACGGUGUUAACUGCUUAGUGUUUUGGAUCAAUUUCAUAUGUAAAGGACAAAACAUCCACCCUAGCCUUGACUCAAGAGUUAUUUUGGUGUUGGGUACUUUUUUAUUUUUGGGAUGUUUUGGCCCUGGGAUGUAGUCUACAUCUGCACCGACCACCUGUCUUUUUAUUUGAAGAUACAUUCCAUGGAAUGAAUGUACUUCAAAGCGUGUAUCAGUAGCUGUAGGGUUCAGCUACUGCUGUCUGUUUAUUGAAGAUGCAUUAUAAUAUAUUGUUUUUAUGUAAGCUCUAUUUUGGAUUUAAUUUUUUGUUCAAUUCUGUUGUUGUACUAUAUAUGUUGAGCUUACGGUUCAACUACUACAGCUUGAUCAUUCAAGAAGCAUUUUAAUGGAUUAUUCGUGCAGUUAGUAGAUCAGUGGGUAACAGGUGCCUUUUAUCCUUUGUUUUUUAGCUAGCCCUGCGGUUCAGAGGGGUGGUCUAAAGGUCUAAAGGUGUAACAGGUGGUCCAAAGGUUUUUUAUCUAACAUAUGACCUUUAGCCUGUGGGUGGUCUAAAGGUCAUAUGAUGGUCUAGAAACCUAUUGGAUCAUGUACAACAUUCGGUUUACACUGAAUAUUUGAUAUCUACCUCGGUUCUCAACUCCAAUGUAUAAAUACAAUGGAAGUAGGUCAGCAUUUAAGUAAUUAUGGAUUGGCUACAAAAAGCACAUGUUAAGCAUUUAUGAGGUGUUAAGAAAAAUAUGAGAACCCUUGGUCAGUGUCGAAAUUUCAUUGGAUGGUCCUACGAAAGUGCAUAAGUGUUUGGAACGAUAGAGAGAAUUUAAAUGUACGAAAGGCGUAGAUAGCAUACCUGUAGUGUGGCCCGGAGCUUGGAGUUACCUAAAUCUACCCUAUAUCUAUUAUUACAUACAUUACAGAUUAAAUUACAAUUAAAAAUAUACUAAUUAUCCUAGGCAUUUGCAAUCCCUCUAAAAAUUUAACAAGUCCCUGCAAAUUUACACAUAAAAAAUGUGUUAGAAAUUGUAUAAAUUACAACAUAGGAAGAGCUGCAGAUGUAUUAAUAUUGAACCAAUAAUAACGACACGGAAUUUAUUUAAAAUCAACCUAUUUUUCUGGCAAACAAAGAUUGUAUGCAAAAUGCAACUGUGAAAUCUCCUAUGAAAUAUUGUACCAUAUAUCACCCCCUUGAAUGCCUGGUCUCUAUGGGGCAAUUAGUUUCACCUUGGCAUACAGUAAAGUAAAUGUGAGGGUUGUUAACCUUCUGCUCCGAACCUACUUAACAUCGCAAUGCCUAACGUGUUUAGGUACAAAGUAAAUGUGAGGGUUGUUGAUGGCACAAACCAUGCGUCUUUCUUGCUUUGGGACAGGGAAGUCUCCUGUUUAUUGGGCAAGUCCGCUGCUUCGCUCAAGGACCAAAUAACUAGGAGGAGGACGAGUUCAGCAGGUUGGCUUCACAACAUUCAUGGUCUGAAAAGCACUGGAUUUGGUAACCUAAGUUGCAAGUUAAUCAAAUUACCAUUCAGAUUGUUAGGAUGGUCAUUCAAAUUUCAGGCUGGAUCUUCACAGGCUACAGUGUCUAGCCCACUUAUGACAAAGGAGAAGAGGCAGGUUCUUGAGGUUGACGCUGAGAGGGUGAAGCGUGACCUAUUUGAAGAUUUUUCAGUGUACACCUCAUCGAAGAAGCUCAAGGCAGUGAAGAUUGAAAAGGAGUGAAGAUAUUAAAUCGAGCGGUUUCGUUGGUUAAAUCUGAUUGUUAUAAAUGUUGUCUACGACGGUGUUAACUGCUUAGUGUUUUGGAUCAAUUUCAUAUGUAAAGGACAAAACAUCCACCCUAACCUUGACUCAAGAGUUAUUUUGGUGUUGGGUACUUUUUUAUUUUUGGGAUGUUUUGGCCCUGGGAUGUAGUCUACAUCUGCACUGACCACCUAUGUCUUUUUAUUUGAAGAUACAUUCCAUGGAAUGAAUGUACUUCAAAUCGUGUAUCAGUAGCUGUAGGGUUCAGCUACUACUGUCUGUUUAU